AUGCCUCAACUAACACAGCACGAUGUCUUCCAGACGAUCCAGGACGAAGCCAAGCAUAAGAAAGACGAAGGUACAACACUGACCAAGGCCGACAUUACUGAACAUCUGAAGGAGUUGUACAAUCCGUACUUGAGAGGUCGGUUAUACUUCUAUGCUCAAGACCAAGAUGGUCUACCAAUAUGCAGAGUGCCUACAUACCUAGCUAGUAACAAGACCUACUGCUCCGUUGCUCGGGAAAAUGUUUUUGGUGUCGAAGACUGGCAAAGCCAACCUAGACCGACAGAAUUCAUAGGCAAUGUCUGGCCGCCAAAGGUGAUUGAAGAUCUCAUUGGAAACGUCGACGAGACUGAGUACGCAGUAAUGAAAUGUUACGUAUGUAAAGAAGUAGGAAAAGCCUUCUGCACAUGUGGAUACAAGUCUUGGAGAGAUUACUGGCCUGACUACUGGAUCACCUGUCUAUUGUUGCGGAGAGCCGGUGCCCGCGGUUACGGCAUUUUUGCACGCGAAGCGAUACAAGUCUCAACCAUCGUAGGAGAGUAUACAGGCCGUAUCAAACCAGUCAAGCCCAACGAGGAAGAUGGAGAGGAUGCUUACCGUGUACCGAUCUCAAUUGGACGACUUCAAAUGAAACAAAAUUCGCAACCCACGGCUAUACUUAGUGCUCUCCAUACCGGGUCAAUAUCAAGAUUUAUCAAUCACUCGUGUAACUCAAAUGCGCGGUUGCAGGAGUUUCAAUGCGGUUUGGAACGCCGCGUCAUCUACGUGGUGACAACACGCGACAUUAACAUCAACGAAGAGCUAACGAUAGACUAUGGUCCAGAGUCGUUUGACGGCGACUGCCUUUGUGGCAGUAUUGGUUGCAAAAACCCACCAGAGAGUCCUAAGCUACUCGAUGCGCCCGUAAAAGAUCUUAGUGAAGAACAGGCAGAUGAGGAAGACUCCUAUUCGGAUGCCUGGGAUACGGACUACAGGUCUUCUGACCCUGAAUACGAAGAAGAUUCUGAGUACGAAGAGGACACGGAUUGCGAGAAGCGUCGAAAGAGAAAGGGAAAAACUCACUAA